GUUCAGAGGACAUAGUAAGAUGGCGGCUUCCAUCAGAAGCAGUUGCUCUCGGGGUUUUUCCGUUUAUUGGACUUUUUUCUUUUCUGGGUCCAAGUGUCGGAUCCCCGUAGUGGAUGUUAGGGAAUCAGCCUGGUCCGCCGUGUCCUGGAGGCGCUACAAAUCCGGGUCGGAAGAGAGAAGCACACACUUUGGGUUCGAGACGGUGUCGGAGGAGGAGAAAGCUGAGAGAGUGUACCAGGUGUUCGAAAGUGUGGCGCAGAAGUAUGACGUGAUGAAUGAUGCGAUGAGCCUGGGGGUUCACCGGCUCUGGAAGGAUGCCCUUCUUCAUGUGAUGAACCCCAGUCCUGGGACACGGCUGCUGGACACUGCUGGUGGCACAGGUGACAUCUCAUUCCGGUUCCUGGAGUAUGUGCGCUCUCAAGAGGCGCGGCGAGCCUGGCGUGCAGCUCCUUCUCACCAAACUCCCUCCUGGCAACAGAUCUCCGCUAGCUAUCAGACUGGCCGAUUAGGGACCGGUGAUGGGGCUUUGGCAGUGGUGUGUGACAUCAAUAAGCAGAUGCUUAAAGUGGGGAGACAGCGUGCAGUUGAUCUGGGGUUCAGCACAGGCCUGUCCUGGGUGGUAGGCAAUGCAGAGGAACUGCCGUUUGACGAUGACAGUUUUGACAUUUACUCCAUUGCUUUCGGGAUUCGCAACGUCACGCACAUCGAGCAGGCGCUCCAAGAGGCACACCGGGUCCUGAAGCCAGGGGGGCGUUUCCUGUGUCUGGAGUUCAGUCGAGUCUCCAACCCUUUGCUGUCCAGACUCUAUGAUACCUACAGCUUCCAGCUGAUCCCAGUGCUGGGAGAAGUGAUUGCCGGGGACUGGAAGUCAUAUCAGUACCUGGUGGAGAGCAUCCGACGAUUCCCAGACCAGGAGGAAUUCAAGGCCCUGAUUGAAGAUGCUGGCUUCUACAAGGUCCAGUUUCACAACUUGACAGGUGGAGUGGUAGCCAUUCACUCUGGGUUCAAACUAUAAGGUAGAGACUCUAAGCGAGUCUUUACUUUCCACAGUGCCUCAACCUAGUAUUAGUGUGAGAGACAGUUGACUCUCCUGCCCUCAGCAGAAAUCUGGCUCUUGGCACAGACUGACCAAAACUGUGGCCAGGGUGUGAACUACAGUUAAAAACUACCUUAUUUUGUCACACUUGGGUUUGAUAAAAUGUUGUUUUGAAUUUGAUGUGAUACUUAAUUUAUAUGUUAAAUCAGAUUGUGUCUUCCCACUGUAUCUUUGUAGGGUUCAAUGUUAAUAUUAACACUCUUGUGUAUUUGAUGAAUGUAUAAAAAAAUGUAAACACGUUUUAAUAAAGUUUUCUGAAAGAU